AUGGAAGUCCCUGGGGCCGCCCUGGCCAUCCUGCUCCUCACCGCGGCCCUCUCUUGCCACAUCAACUCUGCAUCCCUUGGUGCCAAUACCCCGACCUCCUGCUGCUUCUCCUACAUCUCCCGGCCGAUCCCACGCAAAUUCGUGAACGACUAUUAUGAGACAAGCAGCCAGUGCUCCAAGCCCGGCGUCAUCUUCCAGACCAAAAGAGGCCGGGAGGUCUGUGCUGACCCUAGUGAGGACUGGGUCCAGGAAUACAUCACCGACCUGGAGCUGAAUGCCUGA